GUCUGGGGCGCGUGUUCGUGCGUGCGUCUGUUUGUCAGUGUUUGUGGAAGAGGCAGUGCGUGUGUCUGCGUUUAUUUAUGGAAACCCGAUUAAACUAAAGCACUAAAUAAUAUUUAAGGCAGCUUCGUUUAAAGCAGAAAAAAACAACUCAAUCCCAAAGAAGUAGACUGCCACCAUGGUCGCCACAAGCACAUUAAAGACCAAGAGCGGCGAGUGUAUCUCUGAGCUGGUUGAACGGCGGUAUGACCAGGCGUGCAUUGAAAAAGAGCUGGACUUCUGGGAGCGCUGCCUGGCGGAGCCGGAAAGGACGGCAGAUGUAACUGAGGACAGGACCUGUCAGCAGCUAGCUAAGAUGUUUGAGAGCUGUUUGUCCCGCUCUAAAAAGACUGCGCUGCACUGCUCAUCUGUGCUGGUGCCGGAGCGUCUGACGUGGAGAAUCGCGCGGGAGGUUGUGAGGCUGGCCUCAUGUGAGCCCUGUGGUCUGAGGGGAUGUGUGCUCUAUGUUCACCUGGAGCUGGACAAAGGCGUGAAGCGACUGGAUCGCAUCGUGUACGACGCCUCAGUGGUGCCAACCUUUGAGCUGACUCUUGUGUUUAAACAAGAUGGCACAGCCUGGCCCAGCCUCAGAGACUUCCUCUUCAUGGGCACAUGCUUCGCCCCUUCGUUUAGGCACGCACUCAAACUGAGUCCAGGAUUCCGAUUGGUCAAAAAGAAGCUGUACUCCUCCGCGGCUGGCACCGUGAUCGAGGAGUGCUGAACUAUGGGGACAAGACUUUAUUUUUGUGUGCACUUAUUCCACCCAAAUCUGACACUCCUGUGUCUCCUUUUCUACUCUGCUUUUGUACAUGCUUUUUCAUUGAACACUCUGAGCUGCUCAAGCCAUACUUCAUGUGUUCACCUGGGACUGAUGUCAGAGUUUGUGCGAGCAUAGGCCUGACAUCUGUGGGUUUGGUGAAGUGCAGUUAUUGACUUCAGAUUGUUUACACAAUUUGAACUGAUACAUUUUGCAGAUGAAUGUAGAGCCACGUUUGACUUUAUUUGGGAGCGAUUUGCUUUUAGUGGGUACACGUUAAACACUAGCCACUUUGUUUUACAUGAGCGUUAAAGCACACUGUUUGACUGGCUGGCUGAUUGGACAGCAGUCAGUGGGGCCAUAUGUAGCAGUGUUGGGGCUAAGGAGAUUCCUGCGCCCUGAAUGUAUAAUUGUUUUUUGUAUGGGGAAUGAAUGCCUUAAAUUUAAUAGAAACAUAUUGACCUCUGAGAUUACAUGUGCAAUCCUAACUUUUAUCUUUUUUAUAGCCUACUAUAUAACUUCAUCUGCACCUUUUAGACAAUUAGAACAGAUUGCCUGAAACUUAAGGUUUUAUCAAAACUAUGACUGGAUAUCCAUGUUGUUUGUGAGUGUUGUCUCUUCUCAAUUUUGCAAACUUUUUGACCAUAAAGCAGUUUUUGUCUACUAGACAAUAAAAUAUUUAAAUCCUAA